AUGGCGCUAACUAUGCUACGAGCCGCCUUCCCCGCGUCCGCCUUCGACCAUUUGUCCGCGCCCGCCGUGGUUUGCGGCGGGCGUAAAACGUCUUUCCGCGACCUCCUCGCGCACUCCGCCCGGCUCGCGCGCGAGUUCCGGAAGCGCUUGCCACGUGUCGACGCGGAGAAGCAGGGGCGCGCGGAAGCAGAGGCACGCGCGGAGCAGCAGCUGCAGGAUGGGGAAGCGGCGGAGGCGGCGGAAGGCCCGCGGAUUGCGAUUUUUGGGCGGCCGGGGACGGACUAUGUGGCGGCGAUGUGGGCGGCGUGGGCGGCGGGCGGAGUGGCGGUUCCGCUGUGCGAAAGCUACCCUCCAGAGGAGCUACUAUACGUCCUUAAAGACUCGGGCGCUUGUUUGAUUGUGGGGCCGGAGGCCUGCCGCCCAGUUUUGGCACCGCUGGCAGCGGAAGCGGCGGCGGCGUUUGUCCCAUCUGACCCGCUGGAGGGCAAAGAAUUGGAGGAGAGGGAUGCGGAUGAGGAGAAGGCGGGGAUAGAAGCCUUGAAGAACGUUCCCUUCUCGCAUGCAGGGGUGCCGUGGGGUGCUGUGGGGUGCUGGGUGCCGUGGGGUGCUGUGGGGUGUUGUGGGGUGCCGUGGGGUGCUGUGGGGUGCUGUGAGCAUUCCGCAUUUGCAUCAUACGUGCUCGCAUCUGACCCGCUGGAGGGUAAAAAAUUAGAGGAGAGGAAUGCGGAUGAGGAGAAGGCGGGCAUCGAAGCCUUGAAGAACGUGCCCUUCUCGCAUGCAGGUGGGGUGCGGUAUGAUUCUGUGGGGUGCCGAGGGGUGCUGUGUGGUGCUGUGUUAGCUGCCCUGAUAGUGUACACGAGUGGCACCACGGGUCGACCCAAGGGAGUGGUGCACUCACAUAUAGGCCUCGCCUCCCAAGCCGGCAUGCUGGUGGACGCGUGGGACUUCUCCCCCUCGGACCGAGUGCUCAACGUGUUGCCGCUGCACCAUAUCCGCCCACACGCACCUUUCCAUCCCCUCUUUCUCCUGCCGCACCGCCUCCAUUGCCCUUGCACUUUCUCCACCUGUCUCAUACUCCUCUAUCCCUUCUCUACUUGUGUUGCCGCUGCACCAUAUCCGCCCACGCGCACCUUUCCAUCCCCUCUUUCUCCUGCCACGCACCGCCUCCAUUGCCCUUGCCCUUUCUCCACCUGUCUCAUACUCCUCUAUCCCUUCUCUACUUGUGCUGCCUCUGCACCAUAUCCGCCCACGUGCACCUUUCCAUCCCCUCUUUCUCCUGCCACGCACCGCCUCCCUUGCCCUUGCCCUUUCUCCACCUGUCUCAUACUCCUCUAUCCCUUCUCUACUUGUGCUGCCGCUGCACCAUAUCCACCCAUCCACACUUCCCCCUGCUUCUCUCUCCCUGCCACGCACCACCUCCCUUGCCCUUUCCCUUACACCUCACAACAAGCAUUGUUUUUCCUUAACGGUCAUCCCCCACCCCCUCCCUCUCCUCUCCUCUACCCCCUCCCCCUUCCCUCUUCCUGCACACUUGCCAAUAUCCACUCUCAUUUCUGCCACUCUCUCUUCUCUUCUCCCUCAUCCCCCUUCCACGCGUUUAUUCUUCCUUCCCCCCCCUUCUUCUUCUUCCUCCACUCUCUCUAUUUCCUCACUUUCCUCCAUGCGUACGUCGAGUUCCUCCCAAGCCACCGCUUCAGCGCAGCAGCCGUGUGGCAGCGGUGGAGAGAAAGCUACCCCGACGGGAGUGCUGUUGUCAUAACACGACCACCCUCUCUGCCUCUCCCUCUUUCUCGCCCCGUGCUCCCAUCCUUUUCUGGUAGAGUUCCCCCCAUCCCCUUGCCCCGCAAAAGUUCCUCCCAAGCCAUCGCUUGGGAAACAAAAAAGGUCGAGCUCCUCCCAAGCCACCGCUUCAGCGCAGCACCCAUGUGGCAGCGGUGGAAGGAGAGAGGGGUGCAUGUGUCACUGCAUCACUGCUCUCCACCGCUUCACACCCUUGCUCCCUUCCCUCCCAGGCCGAGUUUCUCCCCAGCCACCGCUUCAGCGCAGCAGCCGUGUGGCAGCGGUGGCGAGAGAGCUACCCCGACGGGAGGUGCGCUGCGCGCAGCCAGACUCCAUCACAUUCUUCACCGGGGUGCCAACCAAGCCAAGCCACUACGUGCGGCUGCUGCAGGAGUGCAUGCCACUUUCUCGCCCCUUCCUCCCGUCCCUCCCAGGUCGAGCUCCUCCCCAACCAUCGCUUCAGUGCAGCGGCUGUGUGGCAGCGCUGGCGAGAAAGGAGAGCUACCCCGACGGGAGUCGAGUUCCUCCCCAACCAUCGCUUCAGCGCAGCAGCAGUGUGGCAGCGCUGGCGGGAGAGAGGGGCGCAUGUGCCGUUGCAUCACCGCUCUCCACCCCCUUGCACACCCCUUCACGCCCCUUUCUCCCAUCACUUUCAGGUCGAGUUCCUCCCCAACCACCGCUUCAGCGCAGCAGCCGUGUGGCAGCGGUGGCGAGAAAGCUACCCCGAUGGUCGCUGCACCAUCACGUAACCUUUUCACUGCACCCUCCCUCACCUCACUCUCCUCUCGCAGGUCGAGUUUUUCCCCAGCCACCACUUCAGCACAGCAGCCGUGUGGCAGCGGUGGAGAGAGAGCUACCCCGAUGGGAGCACAUGCCACCUCGCCACCUCUUCCCACCUCUUCCCACCUCUUCCCACUGGCUCUAACCCCUUCUAUCGCGCCCCAUGCCCCCGUCACAGGUCGAAUUCCUCCCCAACCAUCGCUUCAGCGCAGCAGCCGUGUGGCAGCGGUGGCGAGAAAGCUACCCCGACGGCCGGUCGAGUUCUUCCCCAGCCAUCGCUUCAGCGCAGCAGCCGUGUGGCAACGAUGGCGAGAAAGCUACCCCGAUGGUCGCUGUGCCCAGCCUGACUCAAUCACCUUCUUCACCGGGGUACCAACCCACUACAUGCGCCUGCUACAGGAGUUUGACCGCAUGCCCCUGCAGCUGCAGAGAAAAUCUGCUCUGGCCGCCAGCAAGCUGCGACUCAUGGUCUCUCGAAAGGCAUUGCUCUCCUCCCGUGUGGCAUUGAGGUCGUUUUUGAGGCGCCUCAAAAACGACCUCUCUCGAAAGGCACCGCUCUCCUCCCGGGUGGCAAUCAACUAUGAGCGGCUUUGCUUCAUGCCCGGACGAGCUCAUGCAGCGAUGACGGAGCCAGUUGAUAAAAUGUGGUUUUUGGGACGUCUCAAAAGCUCGUGCGGCGAUGACACCAAGUCACGGGGUAGCAAAGGCCGCAGCAGCAACACUGCAACACAGCUUCCCUUCCCCCUUCCUCCCGUACCAUCAGAUGAGCGGCUCUGCCGCGUGCCCCGACGAGCUCAUGCGGCGAUGGCACCAGGUCACGGGGCAGAGGCUGCUGGAGCGAUAUGGGAUGACCGAGUUCGCCAUGGCCCUAACCAAUCCUCUGCUGGGAGAGAAGAAGUCAGGAUCGGUGGGCAUGCUGAUGGGAAUAAGUCUCUCACCAUCCCUCUGCCACCUCCGCCCCUCCUCCCAUCUCUCCAGUUCGCAAUGGCCCUCACCAAUCCGUUGCUGGGAGAGAAGAAAUCAGGCUCAGUGGGCGUGCCACUCAGAGGGGUUAAGGUGAGCAUAUAA